AUGGUGAAUAUCAGUGAAUGGAGCUUAUUAGCAGUGGUUUCGUUACUUGUGUCAACAGGUGACGCUUGGUCUCCUACCAAUGGAUAUGUACCAGCUAACGUCACCUGUCCAGAUGAUAUCAAUUUAGUAAGAAAUGCCACUUUUCGACUAUCCAAUAAUGAAACUGAAUGGUUGAAGAAAAGAGAAGUCCACACUUCUGAAGCAUUAAAAGACUUUUUGACUAGAUCAUUAGCAAAUUUCUCUGAUACCUCUAUCCUAGACGAUUUGUUCGGUGGAAAUUCCACUAAAAUACCUAAACUUGGUAUUGCUGCCUCCGGUGGUGGGUAUCGUGCUAUGCUAAGUGGCGCAGGGAUGAUCGCUGCAAUGGAUAAUAGAACUAUAGGUGCUAACGAACAUGGUCUAGGUGGCUUGCUACAAAGUGCUACCUAUCUGGCUGGGUUGUCCGGUGGUAAUUGGUUGACCGGGACUUUAGCUUGGAAUAACUGGACUUCAGUUCAAGAUAUCGUAAACAACUUCACUGUGGACGGAUCCAUCUGGGAUAUCGACCAUUCCAUUGUCAACCCAGGUGGGAUCAAUGUCUUCAAAUCAGGGUCUCGUUGGGAUCACAUAUCCGAUGCUGUAGAAGACAAACAAAAGGCUGGCUUCAACGUCUCCCUUGCAGAUGUAUGGGGUCGUGCUUUAUCUUACAACUGGUUCCCAAAUCUUUACCGUGGUGGUAUUGGUUACACGUGGUCUACUUUGCGUGACGCCGAGGUUUUCCAAGACGGUGCUAUGCCCUUCCCAAUCUCUGUGGCAGAUGGUAGAUACCCUGGUACUAAGGUUAUUAAUCUAAAUGCAACUCUUUUCGAAUUCAAUCCAUUUGAAAUGGGCUCCUGGGACCCAACUGUCAACAGCUUCACUGAUGUUAAAUAUCUAGGUACUAAUGUCUCUAAUGGUAAGCCUGUAAACAUUGGGAAAUGUAUUGCAGGUUUUGAUAACACUGGGUUCAUUAUUGCCACUUCAUCCACUUUGUUCAACCAAUUCUUAUUAAGAAUCAAUGGCACUAAGUUACCCAAAUUUAUCGUCCACCUAGCUACCCAUUUUUUAACAGAUUUAUCCAAUGACUAUAACGAUAUUGCAAUCUAUUCACCAAACCCAUUCAAGGAUACUGAAUUCCAAAUGGGUAAUGCUUCAAAGAGUAUCUCGGAAUCUCGUGACCUAUUCUUAGUUGACGGUGGUGAAGAUAAUCAGAACAUUCCAUUAAACCCAUUAAUCCAAAAGCAACGUGAUUUAGAUAUUGUUUUUGCAUUGGACAACUCUGCAGAUACUAACCAGUCUUGGCCAGACGGUGCAUCUUUAGUCAACACAUACCAACGUCAAUUCUCAAGUCAGGGGAAACACGCUGCAUUCCCAUAUGUUCCAGAUGUCAACACUUUUGUUAAUUUGGGAUUAAACAAAAAACCAACUUUCUUUGGUUGUGAUGCUAACAAUUUAACUGAUUUAGCAUAUAUCCCACCAUUAAUUGUCUAUAUUCCAAAUGCCAAGUAUUCAUUUAACAGUAACCAAUCUACUUUUAAGAUGUCCUAUUCAGCAAAACAACGUAGAGCCAUGAUUCAAAAUGGGUUUGAAGCUGCUACUAGAAACAAUUUCACUGACGACUCCAAUUUCAUUGGUUGUAUUGGUUGUGCCAUCAUAAGACGUAAACAACAAGCAUUUAAUUACACUCUACCAAAAGAAUGUGACAAAUGUUUCUCUGAUUACUGUUGGAAUGGUACUUUGAACACAACUGCUGCAUAUGGUGUUGUUGGUGCUGCCGCUGUUGAAUCAGCCCAAUUAUCUUCUGCAGAGGCAUCUCUAGCUAGUGCAUCAUCAGCUUCAGCAAGUGCCACUAAAAAUAAAGAUGGUGCAACUACCACUUUGUCUUCUACAUCCAAGAAAAAUGAUGCACCUGGUAACUUCCCAUCUAACGGUAUUUUUACUCUAUUAAGUGUUAUUGCCACUGUUUUGGGUUUAUUAUAA